UGAAUGGUUUUGAUAAUCUCUGGCAACUUUUUGAGAUAAGCCAAUCAGAACGCGAGUAUCGAGUCAUGUGACCUCCGGUGAGGUUCGGAUCAGAAAUUUCAAACAAAUAUGGCGGCCGCUCAGUGUCAGUGGAGUGAAGAGAUGGAGAGACUCCUCAUCUGUUUUUAUGCCGGUUUGCUCUCAGAGACUCUGUGCUCUUUAACUGUGGAGGUGGAAGCUGGAGAUAACGCCACUGUUUGGUGCCAACAUGAGCUGACUGCUCCAGGUCCCAUCUUCUGGUAUCAACACACAAGUGAUUUGGUUCCACUUCUUCGUGGCUGUAAGCGUUUUUUUACAUCUCUUCAAUUAGAGAAUUGUAUUUUCUUUACUGAAAGUGAGCGAAUAGUGAUGUCUAUUCACGGCAAGAACACGUCUCUCACCAUCACCGCAGUAAAUGUCUCUGAUACAGGACUGUAUUACUGCAGCUUCAUAGAUCUGAACCAAGUGAACUUUAGGAACUCGACCUUUUUACAAGUGAAAGGUUCAGUCUCUUCUCCUGUGUUCUUCAUACUGACUGUGGUGUUUGGAGCAGUGAUUGUGAUUCUUCUCAGUGUCCUGAUCUUCAUCAUACUGAAGCACAGAGAAACACACAGAGGUGCUGGAGCAGAAGAUAAGGAGGAUCCGGACUCGGACUCGUUGCAUUACGCUGCACUACAGUUCUCAAAGAAGAAAAUCAAGAGGAACGAGAGACGUGAUGAAAAUGUGGAUCCACAUGUUCUCUAUUCUUCUGUCAGACACAGUAAUGUGUGUACAUAAUGUUAUAUAUCUGUUACUGUUUACUAAAUAUGAAACAGAUGUUUCUGAUGCUCUGAGGUUGAAGGGAUUCGACCUUUUAUAAACUCACAGUUACAGAAUAUGGGAUUGUAAAACUGCAAGAGCUUCAGGAUUCUGCACAUUUCUUUUUACUAUAGACCUUGUAUUAAGUCUCUCAGUUUAUCAUCCAGUGUAAUAAUAAAUUCAGGUGCAAAUAGAUACAUUUCUUUAUUUUGGACUUGUUUCUAAGAAAAUAACAGAUUUGUCGAGGCUCUGCCAAUAAAACCUGCUCUCUGUAUCAGUCACUAAUGCUGAUGUUGUGUGUAAACGCUA